AGACGCUCAGUCCCGUCUCGCUCUCCUCCGGAGGAAACCGGAAAUAGUUAGCCGCUCAGCCGUACUGGCGGGAAAGUCGAUGUUCUCGCGAUCAGUUUCGAUCUUUUCCACGCCUUCGUCGUGUUAUUUAGGCAAAUUCGAUUGAUCGAUUCGUGCGCAACGAGGGAGAUGGCGGUUUUGAUCGUUACGUGGUGAAUUUGUAUUCACGUAAGUGAAUUUGUUUGCAAGCAGGCCGUACAGUGGUGCGACAGUUUCGUCAGUGAAUUGUGGUUGCGCUCAGCAACGAUACAGUGGUCACUCUUGUCACAGGUUAGAGGAGGUUUCUACAGUUUUCGCUUGAAAACAAGUGUUGCAUAGUGGUUCGCGAUUGUUACCGGCGAGUUUCCUUUAGUCUGUGGUGAUAAUAGGAAGAUCGUGAGGCCGCGUGAUAAAGCGCAGAAAGGAGCUACGAAGAAGCUUGGUCACGGCCGAGAUUCGCGAAUUAAUUACGCGCAGGCACGAAUUCGCCGAGUGUCGUGAUCCAACGGGGAGCCGCACAACGAAACGUCCACGAGAAAGCUCCUAAACUACUGCGAAACAAAGUGCCAAGUGCCUUAUUCGAGCUCGGUAUACCUAGAAUCUAACGAGGAUUUUCUACGAAUUUCAUCUCUCGUCCACGAUACCGACAUUCAGCAACAGAGAAGCUUGAAACGAAUUCAUCGAACGAUUUCAUUCGAUACAAAUAUAUAAAUCUUCGGAAAAGUGUAAUAAAGAAUCGGGAGAGGAGAAAGCAUAACUUCUCUGAUUUAUAAGUUGUAACGAGUCAACCAGAGAACAUAAAUAAGAAAUAUAUAAAUAAAGAAGAAAUAAAGUGGACAGUGACCAAUGAAGUUCAUACGAUCAAUCGAGUAAACAUCGAAGUACAACUCUCGUUUACUCGCGUAUAAUCAACUGGCGAAGGCCGGACCCUUAAAGCAGCGCGUUAAGCACGGUCGACCGUCAUCGCUAACGUCAGUGAUGACAGCAGUGAGGUGGCGUGCAGGCCGUGGUGUUAAGUUCUCGCCGGAUAAAUGUGCGCGAUGUAUUAUUACGCCAGCAAGCUGACUGCGGCGGCUCUAAGCGGGGGUGGUUCCUUCGGAGGGGGGGGAGGGACAGCGGGAGGUGGCGGCGGGUCGGCGGUGUGUCGAUGCCACGAGGCACACAGAGACCAGCAACAACAACAGCAACAGUCGCCGAAGAGGAGUCAACAGCAGUCGUCGCAGACCACCCGUCAUCAUUCCCGUACACCCCGGGUGAACACCCCCACCCUCGGGCCCACCACCUCCGAACACGUCGUUGUCGAGCAUCCAAGGCCCAACCAUUAUCAUCGUCAUCGCACCAAGCACAAGAGCUUGCCACAAACACCAGCUGGCGGUGUGGGUGGAAAAGGAAGCGGAAGUGCUGGCGCCGGUUCUGGUAUGGUCAAUGGUUCUGGUGCCGAUCAUCAAGAUAUUCGUGACGGUGCUGCUAUAAAUACAGAACAUGCUCUGGUCUAUCGAGACGGGAACCUGGUGUCGGGCUCACUGGAAGCCUUGGUACAGCAUAUGGUACCCACCGAAGAAUAUUAUCCCGAUCGGGCGUACCUCUUCGCCUUUUUGCUGAGCGCCAGACUCUUCAUCAAGCCGCACGAGCUCCUGGGCGAGGUCUGCGCCCUCUGCGAGCAUCAGCAAAACCUAACUGGAGAUAGUGGCAAGGAACGUCUGCAACGUUUCGUGCCACGACUGGUGCAGCUGCUAGCCGAAUGGACAGAAACAUUCCCGUACGAUUUCCGGGACGAGAGGGUGAUGGGCCACGUCAGGUCCAUCACGCAGAAGGUCGCUGCGGUCGACGCUGCGGCCAGGCAGGAAGUUUCGGCAUUGCUGCAAAACUUGCUGCUUAGACUGACGGCCCUGGAGAGGUACGAGGAGGGUUUGGCUAGACUGGCGACCGAGGCAACGACAGAGCAACUUUCACAGGUGGACAUCACCGAGCUGUGCCCAUCGGCCACGGUCCUGGCACAGCAAUUGACCCACGUGGAACUCGAGAGGCUCUCGUAUAUCGGCCCAGAAGAAUUCGUCCAAGCCUUUGCCAAGGAAUCUCCUCACUUGGAAACAUCCUUUAAGGACAUGAAGAAAACACGCAAUCUCGAAUCGUACGUCCAGUGGUUUAAUAGACUGAGCUAUUUCGUCGCGACUGAAGUAUGCAAGCAUGCAAAAAAGAAACAACGCGUUCGUGUGGUUGAAUAUUGGAUCGAAACCGCCCGUGAAUGCUUCAACAUCGGCAAUUUCAAUUCCCUAAUGGCGAUCAUCGCUGGCUUGAACAUGUCACCCAUAUCUCGCCUGAAGAAAACGUGGUCAAAGGUACAGCUGGCGAAAUUCUCAAUUCUUGAACACCAAAUGGAUCCGAGCAGCAACUUUAGCAGCUAUCGCAGCACCCUGAAAGCAGCGAUGUGGCGUAGCGCCGGCGCUACGGACGAACGACAGAGGAUCGUCGUACCCUUCUUUAGUUUGCUGGUCAAGGAUCUCUACUUCCUGAAUGAGGGAUGCAGCAACAAAUUACCAAAUGGACACAUUAAUUUCGAGAAGUUCUGGCAACUGGCGAAACAGGUGACAGAAUUCAUUGCUUGGAAACAAGUUGCUUGUCCAUUCGAGAAGAAUCCGCGUGUCAUUGCUUUCCUUCAGGCGAGCCCGGUGCUGACUGAAAAUGCUUUAGCUCUGGCGUCUUUCGAGUGUGAACCACCAGACAACAAUCCAGAGAAAGAACGUUACAAAGCAUUGAAGUCUGAACUGAACGCUCAGUGAAAAAGAGCAAUCAUGCAACGCGUCGAAUGGGAGCGAUACUGAGAUAGACGCACUCUUCUAAACUUCGUUCCAAACAAUUAAUCAGCCACGAAUCUCUCUUACGAAAAGGGAAAACGAGCUUAAGCAACUAACAUCCAGCGAGAAAACAGCGAAAAAGAGAGAAGAACAUCGCAAUCGUGAACAAGAGACACCCGUACGAUGACGAAACGUAAGAAAAAGAAGAAAAUUCAAAUUGUAGCGAUUUGCUCGCGAACGACAAACGAGAAGAAGAAAAACAAUGAUUCAUCGUAGUGAUCUCGCGUCAUUUAAGGACACCCUUUAAGUGUACUAAAACGAUCAGUGCAAUCGUCUCGACACUUUCUAUAAAAUGCUCUCAACUUCGAAUUCCAUUUCUCUUAACCACCAAUUUAUCAAAUACUUUAUUACACUUUUCAGUCGUGUAUUACGUAAAACAAUAUUAUACGUAUAUCAAUACGACUUAAAUUUUAUCGAAAUGAAAUCUCAUCAGACCGAAUCUUCGAAUCGAAUUUACAAGAUCGAAAUAAAUAUUCGAUCGUGUUCCAUUCACAGUGUUGUUGCAUUACAUACAUCGAAGCAAAGAGCGCUCUUCAAAGAAAGAGACAUCAUAGGUAAAAACUGCUCGAAGAGGCGACUCUAAGAUUCCAAAGUUCGAACAAAGGAAACAGAGAUCGAUUGCACCGAUUGAAAUCGUCUAUCGAUCAAGCGUACUUCGGUAUACAUUGAAAACGAAGCUGAUCUGUUAGUACGAACAUGAAAAAAAAAAAUUCAUUGAACAGUAUCGCGUAGCAGUAAGUAUAGUUCCUAAGCCCGAGGCCGAACGAAGAAUCGUUCCUCGAUCGCGAAAAUUUCACAAUUGUGGCACAGCCUCGUGAACAUUCGUUUUCGAGGAAUCGUUUCGUACAUUUUGGCCGACCCUUUUUGUACAUAGUCCUUUUGAUAUACGCUAACAAAACUCCUAGGUGUGGAACAGAGGAUAAUGGAAAAAUAAUAAAAAAGAAGAAAAUAGGUUCGUUCCUGUAGAGUAAGCUCGAACGUUGUCGUUUUUAAGGUUCUAGGUUACACGUUAGUAACAGACGACGGUCGUCGUGCACGUACUUAACGAACGAGAAAGACGAAGAGAGGAAAGGGAAAGAUAGAGAGGAGAAACGUUUGACAAGAUCAGUAAGAGAGGACACGACCCGGUAGUAACGCGCGCGGCUUUAUGCCGUUUGCAGCUUUUCAAAAAGCGUUUCCAUUGUCCCAAUGUUGACGAUGUCGUUUGGGUUUUUUCGAGUGUUCACGCGGUGACGAGCGCGAGAUUACAAUUUCUCUCUUUUUUUUUUAAAUACGUUCGUCUGUACUUUUUUCGCGAAUAAAAAAAUCCUCGUGUAAGAGUAAAUCUUUUUUGGUCUCGGUGAACCGUUUCAUUCGCGUCUACCUAAUGGAGAUAUGUUCAUUAGAAUUUUUAUUUUACAUACAUAUGUAUAUUACCGCUGAGAAGUAUCCAGAUACCUGGUUAUUUUCAACAGAAUAUAUUUUAAUUAGAAAAUUACGGAUAAAUCAAUGGUUUUAUCCUUUAUAAUUAUUAUAGCUACGUACAAUAUGCUGCGUAUUAGCAUAGUGCUGUAAGUCAAAAUUUUAACAAUCACGUGUUUUAGCUUUUAAAUGUAUUGUCUCUUUAGUCUCAUAAUUAAUUAAGUUCCAGUUUUAUUCUCUAUCAUAAUAUACUUUCAUAAUUUAAUGAAAUACAAUCAAGCUUUUAUAAACUAACAGUGAACUGACUUACAUCAUUAUAAUCCUUGCUAAUUGAUUUUUGCAAAUCGUUAAAACAUAUUACUGCCAUGUUUUUUAAUGGAUAAUUUAGAUUUAUGCCUUGGUGAUUUCAUAACAGGUAACAAGUGCUGCUUCUAGUUACUCAUAUAAUAAUUCAUCACUAAUUUGUAUACUUUGAUUAAAUUCAUGCACUGUUACCACAAAUCGAUCAAAGUAUCUGGAUAUGUACGCACGGUGAUGUAAAUAUUAAAUCGAAGCAAUUUUGGAAUAUCGUUAAAAGCUUAACGUUAAAAGUUUCAUUUGGCUUGCGGUAAUUUUAGCGGCGACGUUAACGCGUACGUCGUUUGAUAGAUUGAUUUUUAGCUCGCUAUGUAUGCUGUAUGUGAUACAUUAUAAAAAGUUAAUCGAAGGUUCAGCGUAUCGAGAAAAUUUCACUCGAGAACUCACUUUUAUUUGUAUAUGAAAAUCAAAAGGGAAAAAUGUGGUAAAUCUAUUUCUGCCAAUUCUCCGUUAGAUAUUAGUAGCGAAAGUUAAAGUUUAACAACAUGGAAGGCUUUUCAUGAUGUUAAAAAAACUAAGUUUCCUUUUUCUAUAAAACAUUUUUUUCAUGACAGAAGAGCCGGGAACCUGUAAGAAUUAUCUCAAGGAAUAUUUUGACAAGUGAAAUAAGCUUUUUAAAAAUAUAAUCUCGAAGCUACUCUUUGAACUUGAACAGCUAUUAAAAACGAGAAAUAUGACUUAUCACGUCUUUCACCUAUGGUAUCCGUAUAUCUUCGUGUGCUUCUACAAGAAUCGAGAAGUUCUUGUCUCUCUACUGAAUAUCAGCUGAAAAAGAAGAGAAAACAUUUGAAACGCGCGCGUCACCGUUAAAAUCUAACUUCGUAUUUUUGAACAAGUUUGAACAGAGUAUGAUCGAUCUGUCCGAAAUCGAGCCCAGUAAUAAGGUAAUGACUUUUUCUUUUCCUUUUAUUCGUUCUCCGAAUGAACUCGCGAUACAAAAGGAAGAAACGCAGAGAUAAAUGGACGAACUGAGGGCGAAGGUGUUUUGAGAAAAAUAUAGGGACCAAGAGUUCGUUUUUUCAAGAAGGUAACCGAAAAAUCGUGAAUCGUGAUCCAACGAUCGCGAUCUAAAUGGAGGAAACGCAAAGGCAGACUGUCGAAUUUUCCGCUCGCUAACUCGUAGCUUCGCGUACUGAGAGAAACACCUUUGCAGUCAUUAGGCAUUUAAGGCUAAUCUAGGCGAUUUGCGUCUAGUUAUAAUUACGAGCUGCGUACAACGUAUCAAAUAAUUUGUUAUUUUUAUUUAAAAUAUCUGCAAGAUAUAUGAUGUAUCUAAUUAUUCACUUGAUUAAUUAUUUUCAUCGUAUGUAAAAAACUGUUUCGCAGUUUAAAUACUAUGAAAGUACGCAUUCACACGCGAUAAAAUGUAUUUGUACAUUGUUCUAUUUUAAUUUAAUUAUUUAUACGAACGUAUUGUACGUUUUCUUUUGCACUCCCUGUACGGCGAGUUCUUUAAGACAAGUUGAGCUUGUGUUUGAGUAAACGAACUAUUUCGUAGGAGUUUUAAAUAACGUAUUCAGUAAAUGUGUACAAAUCUUUUGUUAUACGUUUGUAGUAUUAUUUUCGUGAGUUUGUUGUAUAGAUAUUGGGUGAAAAGUAUUUAAACGAAUCAGAGGCAGCUCUUCUUGCCUUCAGCUUUUAGAUUGUAGUCUAGUGUAUCUCUUUUUUACUGUUCCUGUGUUAUUUAUGCGAUCGUAUUAUGGAUGUAGAAGGAAAAUUCUGUAAGUUCUAAAAUUGAGGUUUUGAGAAAAAUACUUUCCUUUUUUUCACAAGAAAUAUAAAAAUUUCUGUUCUAUUAUUUUUCAUCCUGGAAGAAUGAGAAGAUUACAUUGAAUUACAGAUUGUUGUAUAAUUUGAAACUGUGACAUUCUCUUUUAAAAAUACGAUUAUCCAUCGUUAUAUUAUAUUUUAUACAAUUUCUCAAUUUCGUACAAUCUUGUACAUCCUACAAUUUCAAAAUGAAUAACUUCAAUUAAAUAUAAACUUAACGGAUUUUUCUUAGAUAGCCACGGUGUUAUACAAUAUGCAAUAUUUUAUUAUCGCAAAAUAUUUUUCUAUACUUAUCUAACGCACGAUGUUUAUCCGUUUAUUUAUAACGAAGUAUCUUUAACGCUCUGUUUCGCGUCACAAUAAACAGUAAACGUUUCUCGUAGGUGUUAGCACCUUCGAUAAAUGUAUCUUGCUCGCCGUUCUCUCAGUACGAGAAUCAGAAAAAGAGAAACAAACGUGUAUCAUAUGCAACAGAAUAGCGUCGUAUGUACGAGGACGAACCAGAGUCUACGCGAAGAUCGCGUAAUAAAGAAAGUAUAAUUCAUUGAUCGAGCCACCAAAAUCGGGGAUAUGUUAUACGCCAGACUCCUUUCUUUGGAAAUCGUUUGAUAAAAAUCAUCAUAGAUGUAUAUUCCGAGGAAUUCAAACGAUAUUACAACAAUCGUUCUAACGUAAGUUUUUAGUAACAUUAGGAUAAUUUAAUUUUGACGAAAAUUAUCGUACGUGUUGAUGAAGGUAUUAAAAUGUUAAAAAAUGACAAAAUCGAUGGUGGAUGUAAUGAAAAAAUUCUAACUUAAUAUUUUGGUGGAUUAAUUCGAUUAUAGUAUGUUAUAUUAAUUUGUAUAACACAAUUCAUAAAACAUUCAGUGACCAGACAUAAACCAAGCUCAAUUUACCCCUGAAUCUAAUCUAGAUGUAAUUCAGUCCUAACUUACACCUACCAUCCAACAUAAUCCAGUCCAUCAUUCGACUUAAUCGAAAUGUAAUUUAGAUAACGAAUCGAUUUGAUCAUCCCCUUGAUCUAGUUCAAAUUGAAGCUCUAGAACUAUUAGGUGCCUGUGUAAAUAUCUAUUUAAUCUUAUUUACACAAUGGUCAUAUGAGUAUAUAUGUAUAUAUUUUAAAUUGUGUAAUACAAUGUUAUUUUUAUCAGGAACUUUCGUAUUUGUAAAAAUUGUUACUAUCUUUUAAUAUUAAAACGCUCGUAUGAAUCACUUAUUUGGCAUGUAAUAACGAGAAAAAUAAUAGACAAGUGUUUACUUAAAUAAUUUGUUAACGAAAGAAUUAGAUUACAUCCACGUAAAAUAGUAACUAUUUAAAGUUCUAAAGUAAUUCAAUACUUCCAUCGCAACACGUACAUUCGCUAUCAGAAUCCAUCGUUCCAUUCGUAUCACAAUUCAUUACAAAAUUCACAAUUGACUUUUGCAAUCCUUCUUUCACUAAAAUCACGUUCAAUUUUUACAAAAUUUUCUUUAUAAACACUUCACCACACCUGUAAAUAUUCACGACGAUAUCUCAUCUCUUUCUCCAUCGAUUUUAUAAAACUAACAUAAAAGUCAACUCUACACAAAAAAAAAAAAACUCCACCUCAAAAAAUAUCGCUCAAAUAAAUCAAGGAAUGAGUCUGGCCAUCCCGAGAACGUUCUCACGUUAGAAUUGUAACGAACAGUCGACAAUUAUCCAUGCACGUUUAUCAUAAACCAUAACACGAUUAAUCUGUCGAACUUAUCGUAAGGAGUAAAUAGUUAACGAGUGUUAUCGUUGUAAGCGCAUCGCGUUGUCAAUAUUCCAAGAGAGGAAUCUCUGUAAUACUACACACCCAUCCGAACGAUCAUUAACUUGCCAAGGUCCGUGAUUCACGUCGGAGACGUUCACGUUCUCCCCGAACAAAAUAUUAUAACUAAAAAUUAUAUGCAAUUCCCUUAUACGAAAGUAUAUGCGAUACCUUCUUAUACAAGGUGAUUUUUUCGUUAGUUGAAAAAAAUUCAAAGGCAGUGCCGCCACAUUGCGGAUCGUACACUGUCGCGUUUUCAUAUUAUAUGUAGUAUACAUAUAUAAGUCGUUCGUACUCUAAUCUAGGAUCUACGGAUCCUAGAAGGUCGAUAUUGGGUUGCAAUCACGUACACUCAGUGUUAGGACACAUUUUCUUCUCUUUUUCUCAAAUUUGUUUAAUCGUCUAUCAAGACCACUUACUCUUCUUCGACUGCUUUCACAUUACUUCAGGGUAAUGGCUUUCAACUUCUUAUCUUUAAUGAGCCAAAGGCUUAAGUCGUUACAUGCAUAUAAAAUACAUACAAAAUCUGAUAUCGCUGACAUAUAUAAACACAUAUAUUAUAUAAAAAAAGACAUUUUAUUUAUAAUAUCAAUUAUAAAAUUGUAAUCAUCUUCAAACUGCUUAACGCUUUCAAUGCUACAGAUCUCAUCAUAGUGACACGCAGUGACACUAAUUGAAAUAUUUCAAUUAAAGAAACAAUUCAAAUUAGGUAUGCUAAGUAUUAACAGUAUCCUAUUACGGAUGGCAAUCUUGCACGUUAUGACUUGACCAACUAAAAAAUCACCCUGCAUCUUAUACGUAUAAUAAGAAGGUACCUUUUGCUUGUAUCAAGGGAGAAAUGUACGAUGAUCUCGUUUCGGCAGCCAGACGAUUCUUUUUCACAGCCGUCUCGACUGAUUUCGCGUGGACUUAACUUUGAUUUCACGACGAAGCGAAUGGUCGUCGCGAUAUUUUCUAGCGAUCGCUUUUUUCUACGAUUUUUCUAGCACGAAAGUGACGAAGGGAAAGCGUGUUCGAAACGACGACGAGGCGAAUUUUCGACGACCAGAGCCAGGGAAAUCGAUCGAGCGUCGUGUGAAAUCGAUCUUCAAACGAGAGAUUAAAGGGAUAAUUAUAAAAAGGGCGGAGAGUCUGAAACACGCUGGCACGCGUCUUUCUGCCCCGUUUUAAUGAAUCCGCAAGGACAUUGAACUACGUAACGAUUAACCCUAAUAGUUGCGAUUCUGUACAUAAAAAGGAAAGUCGUGUAUAUAUAUAUAAUUAUAUGACACAUAAACAUAUGCGUAUAUCUAUGCGUUAUCUAGGGUGUAAGGUUGGAUAGGUCGUAACCGAAUUUAAUGGAAGAGCCACGGCGUGAAAAAAACGAAGGUAUCACGUGAAAUGUGGUUCCUUCGUGUUUUCUUCGAUGCCGUCGUGCGUCGACAUAGAGAAUCGAGGCCUGUCGACCACGUUAAUCGCCGAUCGAUCGAUCCGAGAUCGCCUAACGAUACCUUCUAGUACACAAGAACUACAUUCACCUUUGAAUGAUUGAUUGAUUGAUUGAUUGAUUCGGAGAGAAUACGAACACACUUGCUUACUGUCUAGUCACUAGAUCGUUAGUCGGAGGUCCGUGGUCGUGUUCGCGUCGCGAUUCGAAAACACGAGCACUUGCGUUACAAUGUCUUAAUUAAGAAUUCUUUUAUGAUAUAUUUGUGAUUCUACGAGUUAAGAAUUUAAAAUUUAUGUAAAAUCCUGUUUUUAUUUCGCUUCAUUUUGGAUUCCUUUUGUAGCCUCUUUGAGAAGAAUUUUUACGGAUCGGUAGAGAAAAGACUUUUAUAUAAUAUUCUGUUACAUAUUAAUUGUAAUAUUGCAAUUUAAAUUAAAAGUAUACAGUCAUGUUAAAGCUUAAUUAAAACUGUGUAUUUUGGUUUCAAAGAUUUGCGCAGUUCCGAGAUUAAUUUACUCGGAUCAGUGGUUUUCAGUGUCAGGACCUUUUGUUACAUCUUUUACAUCGCAGAAUUUUUUAUUAUUUUAUUUUUCUUAAUUUAUUUUUCAAGUACAUCAUGCAGGAUGUAUGUAAACUGUAGAUGAAGUUGAGAAAUGGUCGACUGUAAACCAAGAAUAACGAUUAGUUUAAUAAUCCUUUUAUAAGUGAGCUAUUUUAUGGAUUUUAUUUUAUAAAAACCCUAUCGUUACAAUGGGAGAAAAUUGAUGGGAUAUUCAAAAUUGAAUUUUUUAAAUAUUAUUCAAGUACGAUGAUCUUGAACAUCUUACUACAUUUAUUUAUUUGUUUUCACUUGUUAUUAACUUUUAAGGAAACAAAUCUACAUCCAAAAUGUUGUUUUAAUUUCCUUACAUCAAGAAAAUCUUUUUAUUAAAUAAUCUUUAAAUUGAAAUAAGUGCCACGUUUUCUUAUCGAGUCAGAACACGUAUCGCGUUAUGCCUAAAUUAAGAGUAUUCGAGUUAGAAUUAACGUUAAGUUUCGUGUUAAGCGUAUUUUUGGUCGACAUUCCCUUAAUUAUAAGGCGUUUAUAAUUGCACGAUAAAGAGUUUUAUGUAGGUCAGCGUGUUAUUUCAUUCGCCGAUUUCGCUUGCGUGUAAUUUUCUUUAUUAUAUUUCCCCGUCGAUUCCAUCCAGAAUAAUCUCGUGACGAUCGUUGUUCCUUUCCCAGUGAAGGGUCGAACAUUUAAAAACUCAAUCCUACUAUAAAAAAAAGAAACAGGAAAAGAAAAAAAUUAAAAAAAGAUAGGAACAAAAUCGAUCGUUGCAGAUUUUCAUCGAUCGAAUUUAACGAUGUUUUUUUAGAUUCGAUAUUGAAAUGAGAAAAUCCAUGUAACUAGUUGAACAAUCGACAGCUCGAUUCUCCCUUUUUUUUACCAUUUACAAUUCUAUAGUCGAAAGUCCUUAAAAUAAGAAACAUACUUGUCAAUAUAUUUAGGAUAUUCAAUUUAUACAGCUGUUAGUUCGAAAGUAAUCGAAUUCGUAAUGUAUGGAGAAAAUAUGGAACGAUGCGUGACAAUUUGUCUUUGUUAUCUUUUCAUUCAUCAGUUGCCAUUUCUUUCUAUUUAAAUCUAUCUUACAUUAAAUAUCUCUAAAUUUUGUAUUCCCAAUAGAGAAUGUACAAUUUUUACAUUAUUUUCCAAUUUCAUUCUAUAUAGUUUAUCCUAUAAUUCAAUAUAAAAAUCAUUGUGAUAAAGUUCAGUACAUAUACCUAAUGAAAGUGGAAAAAAUAUUCAUCAUCAUUUUAAAAUUUAUAAUAAUCGUACAGUCUUUUUUUCAUUCUAGUAUUUCAUCAACCAAUUUCCUGUGAUUUCUCGAUAAUUAUUAUUUUUAUCUAAUUUUACAAAGACAAAUAUAAUAUACAAUGGCAAGAAGCGAGAAUAAAUCCAUACAACUGAAUAACUGCCAAUGUUGCAAUAAAGUCAAUAAAACAAGAAUUGUUUAUAGAUGAUCCAGCUGUCGAUCGAUCAGCCUAAGUAGAUUACGUACAACGAUUUCUUACUAAUGUUACAUAACUUUUUGCAAAUCUCGUAACAUAGAUUACCGAAACCUUUAUACCAUUUUUCUUUCUGUCGUAUUCGUCUCAUCGUUUGUACAUCGAUUUUUAUUAUCCAAAAUACGUGGAAAAUUUUGGUUUCAGCGCUUUUCGUUUUCAUCAAACCGAAUAUGUUGGGACUAUUGUACAUAAAUAGGCUCAAACAUGUAACAGCGACAAGACAACAAUUACAAUUAUUGUAGAAACGAUGAUGUCUUACGAAAUAAACUACAGAUUAAUGGA